AUGUUUAUUCCAAUUAGAAUAAUAAUUUCUAUAUUUUUAAUAUGUCAAUCUAUGUUGUUGGUAAUUCAUGGUGACCCACAAUAUCAACUUGGAUUGGUUAAUGCUGCUCGUUCUCAAUAUGGAUUGUCUCCACUUGAAAUAGUACCAUGUAUGAUGGACUAUGCACAAGCUCAUAGUGACUACCAAUCGGCUAUCAAUAGUAUGACUCACAAUGAUCCACGAGGAGACCUUUUCCAAAGAGGUCGUGUCUAUGGUGCCAUUUUACAAUCAGCUGCUGAAAAUGUUGCCUAUGGAGCUGACGAUGACGAUACAGUCAUGGAAAUGUGGUUACAAUCACCUGGUCAUAGAGCCAAUAUUCUUGGUCGAUCUUCAACUAUCAUUGGAUUUGGAGUCUCUCUUGAUGGAUCAGGUAGAAAAUAUUGGACUCAAUAUUUUGGAAAUGGUCAAUGUUCAACUGACAAUAAUAAAUAUCAAAAAACUGUAAAAUAA